UGGUCGUGUUGUGGUCAUGUGACAGUAGCUCUUGGAGCGGGUUUAUCGCACAUCGGUGGGUCGGUCGGUGUUUUUGUCCUGUGACAGUCAGACAGCAUGGCUGGGACACGUCUGGUUUUUGUCCUCUUCUCUCUGUCCGUUGUCUCAGCCGCCGUGUUUUUUAACCCCAAACAGCCCUGUUACGUCCGCAGGGCGAGAACAAACAACUUUGGCCUCAAGAAGUCACCCCGUCCUCAUGAGACUCUAAAUGUCUCUGAUCUGCCAAAGGUGUGGGACUGGAGGAACAUCAACGGCGUGAACUAUGCCAGUACAACUCGAAACCAGCACAUUCCGCAGUACUGCGGUUCCUGCUGGGCGCACGGCAGCACCAGUGCUAUGGCAGAUCGUAUCAACAUCAAACGCAAAGGGGCGUGGCCCUCUGCUUACCUGUCUGUGCAAAACGUGAUUGACUGUGCUGAUGCUGGCAGCUGCCAUGGCGGCGAUCACAGUGGCGUUUGGGCGUACGCUCACACUCAUGGCAUCCCAGACGAGACGUGUAAUAAUUACCAGGCUAAAGACCAGGAGUGCAAAGACUUCAAUCAGUGUGGCACCUGCUCCACGUUUGUUCAGUGCAGCAUUGUGAAGAACUACACCCUGUGGAAAGUGGAGGACUACGGCUCUAUCAGCGGGAGGGAGAAAAUGAUGGCCGAGAUCUACAAAGGCGGACCAGUCAGCUGUGGGAUUAUGGCCACAGACAAACUGGAUGCGUACACCGGAGGAGUCUACUCAGAGUAUGUGGAGGAUCCAUUCAUCAAUCACGUUGUGUCAGUGGCAGGAUGGGGAGUCGAGGAUGGCGUUGAAUACUGGGUUGUACGCAACUCCUGGGGAGAGCCGUGGGGUGAGAAAGGUUGGCUCAGGAUUGUGACCAGUGCCUACAAGGGAGGAAGUGGAAGCAAAUACAACCUGGCAGUGGAGGAGGACUGCAUGUACGGAGACCCGAUUGUCUCCAAAUCAUACUUCUAGAGAGAACCAGUGCUCUUCACAUCUGGAUUAGAGCUCAUGCAUUUGUUAAUUUCUGCUUUCAAACUGUAGAAAAGGGAACUGUUUUUAUUGAAAAUUAGGAAUGCUCAGAUUUCAGGG